AUGGAGUAAGGCAAAAACAUUUAUCAUCUCAAAAACACUAUCAACAAAAAUACUCAUUACUUUCUCAAACCUAAAAAUGCAGCCUUGAACUCUCUCUUGGAUACUUACAUCUUACAGGAUUACGGUGGAAUCAAUGUUAGUUAUCAAUUACCAAAAAUACGUAAUCUAUCAUAACAAUAAAUUCUCCUGGAUAUUGAAAGUAAACGCAAGCUCUCUGUUCAAAAUAUACAAAAAUUGGGUUCCCAAAGGAAUCUCAAUCGGUUAGUUCGAUCCUAAACUAUCGAUGAACCUGCAUGCAGAAAAGCAACUGACAUCAUUGAAUCUUGCGAAAAGAUUAUCACACUUCAAAAGAAGAAAGAAAUCGAUUUCAAAGUUAAACAAUCAAGAGAGGAUGAUGAAUACAAAGCUAUUCGUAAGGCUGACAAAUUACACAAGUUGAUCCAGGAACAAAUCUAUUAAUGCAACAAGGAAGAUUUAGACAAUGCAAACAAAAAGGCUAUCUUAUAUAUAAGGGAAAACACUGUCACUAUUGAUAAGGACAAAUUUAUACAAAAAUGUAAUAGGGAAAGAUUUUAGUUAUAAUAAUUUCGAGAAAGACCUCGAAAAGAGAAGGAACACAAACGAUUCAGAACUAAUUAUCACUUAUUAGAUCUCUGA